AAUACUUCCAACAUUAUUAUGAAAUAAGUCUUUAUGAUAAUAUCUGUAUAUGCUUUACAGGGUGCAGACAUGGUAGAAUUAGAUGUCCAACUGACAAAAGAUAAAGUCCCAAUUGUAUAUCAUGAUUACUAUAUUUGUCUCUCUCCAAAAAGUAAAAAGGAAUCAAGUACAACAGAACUACUAGAAGUGGCUGUUAAAGACUUGACAGAAAAGCAGCUAAAACAGCUAAAGCUCAAUCCAGCUACAGGGGAUACAAAUUUAUUUAGAGAUGAUGAUUAUGAAGAUAAUCAGCCAUUUCCAACAUUAGAAUAUUGUCUGAAAGCUGUUGUGCCUGAAGCUAGCUUUAAUAUUGAAAUAAAAAGUCCAAUGCAAUUAAGGGAUGGCACUUGGGAGCUUGAUCAGCGAUUUGAACUUAAUGACUACUUAGAUAAAAUAUUAACUAUUAUUUUAAAAUAUGCUGGUACACGAUACAUAAUAUUAUCUUGUUUUGAUCCUGAUAUUUGCAGUAUGAUUCGAAUGAAACAAAAUAAGUACCCCUUAUUGUUUUUAACUCAAGGUGUUACAGAAAAAUAUCCUGCUUAUUUAGAUUUAAGGACAUCAUCUGUUCCUAUGGCUGCAUUUUUUGCACUUAGCAUUGGAAUCCUGGGUAUAGAUGUUCAUGCAGAAGAAAUUCUAAAGAAUAGAUCAUUAAUAAGUUUUGUGAAAAGUAAAAAUCUUGUUCUAUUUAUUUGGGGAGAUGAUGUAAAUUGCUCACAUCUUAUUAACAACCUAAAAGAAGAGGGUGUUGAUGGUAUAAUAUAUGAUAAAGUUGAUGAAUUAUCUUCAAAAGUAAAGAAAGCCGUUUACGUCAUCGACCCAACCUUCCAGUCAUCAAUUUUAAAUGACGUAGAACUGGCUGAAGUUCCAGGUGCAGAUUAAAGUAAUUGUCAAAACCUUUUUCAGAUAUUUGUGAACUAAUGUACAUAUUAAUACAACUAAAACAUAUUUUGAUGAAAAUGUAAAUUCUGACUAUUUCAUCUUCAUCCAAAAAGAUAACAUUCUUUAUAAAUCCUUUUGUAACUAAAUUUAAUAUAUUUUUCUGUGAUGGAGUUCAAAUGUAAAGAUUCAGCCUCUAAAUUAUGUAGUUAACUAAGAAAAUCCCCCAAUUUUAAAAUGGGAGUGUGUAAAGCCAGGAUAGUUGAGUUAGUUGAAAAAAUAAGUUUAUUGUAAAUAAAACUUUCUUGACAGA